AUGGAGACGUCGAAUGGCGACCCAAGCUCUCCGGACGAGCCUACACGCCUCGGCCUCGACACGCUUCCGCCCGAGGUCCUCGAGGUUGUGUUCGGAUACCUCCCUCGCGCCGAUUUGGCCACUGUUCUCGGGGUAAACGCGCGUCUCUUGACGACGGCGUAUCCGAUUCUGUACAAACACCUAUGGCUCGGCGCGCAUCUCCCCUCCUUCCGUCCCGGAGUGAGGGGUCUCAAUCCACUAAACUACAUCCACUCGGUGCACGUCGCGCAACACGACCCCUCGGAAUGUUCCUCCCUCCCUCCCUGCUCUUCUUCGGGGUCGAUCCUCUCUCUCCCAUCGUCAUCCCACCCCAACAUCCGCGACAUCUGCCCUCUCACGCGCCUCGGAUUCUCGACCAUCGUAAUCCGCAACGCGCCCCUCCUCUACCACCGCGUCACGUACUCGUUCCACGCCCUGUCCGUCCCCCGCGCCAUCAUCGCCUUCUCCCCGGACUCGGCGGUUGUCGGAAGUAAUUUUAAAUUCGAGGUGUCGCCCGACGGCCCCAACGGCUUCCUGCGACGCAUGCCCAACGCCGACACGGCCGUAACGUGGGUUGGCCGGCUGUUCUCGCCGCCCGUUUUCGACGCGCUUCGCCGGCGAUGUCCGGCCCUGCGCACGCUCAGUAUCGUGAAUGUCGAGGCGCUGGAUCCUGUCGCGGUGGUCCAGCAUGGCGACAACGUUGGUCCGGUCGUGAGGCGCUGGAUUCGUACGGUGGUGCGCAGGAUGGAUGGGUGGGCGUACCGUGACACAGGGGGACUGGAUGCCCAGGACAAUGCCCAGGAAAAGGUCACUGUGCGAUGUCUCGCUCUAGACGAGUUUAUCAACGAGGAAAUGAACCGGGGCACCGAUCGAGUGACCCGCGACGAGGUCGAGAGCUGGUUUGAGUAA